AUGAGGUCCCCGGGGAGCGUCACGGACAUCACGGGCCCCAUCAUCCUGCAGACGUACCGUGCCAUCGCUGACUUCGAGAAGAGCUCGGGCUCCCAGAUGGCUCUGGCCACGGGCGACGUGGUGGACGUCGUGGAGAAGAGCGAGAGUGGCUGGUGGUUCUGCCAAACGAAGACAAAGCGAGGUUGGGUCCCCGCAUCCUACUUGGAGCCCCUGGACAGUCCUGAUGAGGCAGAGGACCCCGAGCCCAACUAUGAAGGUGAGCCCUACGUCACCAUCAAAGCCUACACUGCCCAGAUGGAGGACGAAGUGUCCCUGCAGGAGGGCGAAACCAUCGAUGUCAUUCACAAGCUGCUGGAUGGCUGGUGGGUCGUCAGGAAAGGCGACGUCACAGGCUACUUUCCAUCCAUGUACCUACAGAAGUCUGGGCAGGAUGCAGCCCAGGCCCAACGCCAGAUCAAGAGCCGAGGGGCGCCGCCCCGGAGGUCGUCCAUCCGCAACGCACACAGCAUCCACCAGCGGUCGCGGAAGCGCCUCAGCCAGGACACCUAUCGGCGCAACAGUGUCCGUUUUUUGCAGCAGCGCCGCCGCCCGGCGCGGCCCGAGCCGCAGCGCUCAGGUAGCCCUGGACUUAGUGCCUGCCGCGGCCGCGGGUGGGGUGGGGCGUGCCCGGGGCGGGGCCUGGAGGCGGGGCGAGGCCUGGAGGCGGGGCCAGGCGCGGCCAGGGCCGCAGAGCGCUGGGAGCCGGCGGCUUGA